GCUCUUCCUGUAACCACUGACGCCGAUUCCUCUGCAGGGAAAAUCGCGCCACGGCUCCGGCUUCUCUCCGGCACCGCCGCCCGCAGCGCGCCUUCAGUCUCCCCCCUUCUCCCCCCAAUCGUGUGUGCGUGUGCGGGGGGGGGCGCGCGUCCCCCCCGCUUCUUCCCACGCUGUCCAGAGAGCUUGCUCACUUUUCCCUGCGAACUUUCUGCAUGACUGUCUCUAAGAUGUCAUGGCGACCACAGUAUCGCAGCUCCAAGUUUCGAAAUGUCUAUGGAAAAGUGGCCAACCGAGAGCACUGCUUUGAUGGAAUUCCAAUUACCAAGAAUGUCCAUGACAACCAUUUCUGUGCAGUCAAUACCAAAUUCCUUGCUAUAGUAACAGAAAGUGCAGGAGGGGGCUCUUUUCUUGUCAUUCCACUUGAACAAACUGGUCGGAUUGAACCAAACUACCCUAAAGUUUGUGGCCAUCAGGGGAAUGUGCUUGAUAUCAAAUGGAAUCCCUUCAUUGAGAACAUCAUCGCAUCUUGUUCAGAAGACACCUCAGUUCGAAUAUGGGAAAUACCAGAUGCAGGCUUGAAGCACAACAUGACAGAGGCUGUCCUGGAGCUGUAUGGACACAGCCGGCGUGUUGGCCUUGUAGAGUGGCACCCAACCACCGCCAAUAUCCUAUUCAGUGCAGGAUAUGACUAUAAGGUUCUCAUCUGGAACCUGGAUAUUGGAGAACCAGUGAAGAUGAUUGACUGCCACUCAGAUGUAAUUCUUUGCAUGUCCUUCAACACAGAUGGCAGUUUACUCUCUACCACUUGCAAAGAUAAGAAGCUCCGUGUCAUUGAGCCACGUUCUGGCAAAGUCCUCCAGGAAGCAAGCUGUAAGAAUCACCGUGUGAACCGCGUUGUCUUCUUAGGGAACAUGAAGAGGCUUCUGACAACAGGUGUUUCCAGGUGGAACACAAGGCAGAUUGCUCUCUGGGACCAGGAAGAUCUGUCCAUGCCGUUAAUAGAGGAGGAGAUUGAUGGACUUUCAGGGCUCCUUUUUCCUUUCUAUGAUGCUGAUACUCACAUGUUGUACUUGGCUGGCAAGGGAGACGGCAACAUCCGAUACUAUGAAAUUAAUACAGAGAAGCCAUACCUCACUUACCUCAUGGAGUUUCGCUCUCCAGCCCCACAGAAAGGUCUUGGAGUGAUGCCAAAGCACGGCCUGGAUGUGUCUGCAUGUGAGGUGUUCCGGUUCUAUAAACUCAUCACAUUAAAAGGGCUCAUUGAGCCAAUCUCUAUGAUUGUACCAAGGAGGUCAGAAACUUACCAAGAGGAUAUUUACCCAAUGACUCCAGGAACAGAACCUGCCCUCACACCAGACGAAUGGCUGAGUGGAAUGAAUAGGGAUCCCAUACUGGUGUCUUUGAAAGAGGGGUAUAAGAAAACAUCUCAAGUAAUUUUUAAAGCACCUAUAAGAGAGAAAAAGAGUGUUGUUGUCAAUGGAAUAGACCUCUUGGAGAAUGUGCCCCCCAGAACAGAGAAUGAGCUCCUCCGAAUGUUCUUUCGGCAACAGGAUGAGAUCCGGCGACUGAAAACUGAGCUUUCACAGAAGGACAUCAGAAUCCGACAGCUACAGCUGGAGCUGAAAAAUUUGCGCAAUAGCCCGAAGAACAAUGAACUCUAAAGGACAUUUCCUAUACAAACUUUGUUUAUACCCACUCUUUAGUUUUACUGUAUCCAUUUAACACAUGACAUGAGCCAGAAACCUUGUGCUGACACUGGAAGUAUUUUCCUUUGUGGUCAUUAUCUAGCACUAGAUUAUUUGUAUGGUGUAACUGAAGACUACUGCAUGAAAAGAAAAAGGAAUCUGUGUAUAUCCCAAGUUUCUCUUGGAAAAGAAUAGAUUUGUUUCUUAAUGCCAUAAAGUUAUGGAAUUAAGCAAUGGGCACAAUUUCAACCUUGACCAUUCAAGGGAUAAGAAAAAAAAAUCUGCAUGCUCUGCAGAAGGCAACUGAAUUUUUUCUAUUAAUAUUCUUUCUUUUCCUAUGCAAACUGUGACCGACAAUACACACUGGAUACAGAACUAAAGUUCAGGUUUGCAAAACUGGAAGCUACAAGGAAAAGCUAAGCAUUCAUUCAGUUGUUUGCUCAUUCAUUCAUCAUCCUGAACAAGCAAAAAAAUGAAUGCCACCACCCAUUUAAUAUUGCAGAGGGUGUUGUGGGAAGGAGCAUCCUUUUAAGGUCCUGUGCUGCUUUUUGAAAAAUGUGCUCUUUCCUAAAUAUGCUAACCUCCCAAAUACUCACCAAAUUGAUUUACACAAACAGCCAAACAAUGUGCCAACAAAUGCCUGCUGUUAGAUACAGAGGCAUAUUCAAGAAGGAAUUUAACCUAUCCAGACAGAUGGGCUUACACAAAAUCUGGUUUCUAAUGAUAACACAUUUAACAUAUUACACAGUGUUGCUGUUUUGUUUCUUUAUAUGACUGCAAACACACACACAGAGAAGUUGUUCCAAGUCUAGGAAACAAACCUAGUAUGAGAAUCAAGUAAAAACUGUAAGCCACUUUGAAUACCAUUGGCAAAUGUAAUUAAUAGAUUGUGCAGCCCAUAAGGAUAACAUGCACUACAGGAGCAUAAGGAUAAUAUGCACCAUAGGAACCAACAGGAGCUCCCCAAUUCUCCUUACAGUUUUUAGAAGGUAACCCUUUGUUGUUACUUGUUACAAGUUUUAAAAACUUGUCAUUGGUUCUUCUACAGACUGUUACUUAUAUGUUACAUUUAACUUACUACCUGUUGCAAUAACUGAGGAUGGAUAAAAGAAUGGCACAAAACCUGAAAAAUUCUUCUCCUACUUCUAAAAAGGGCCUCUAAAGACACGUUUGAAAGUAAAAAAAAUGUUCCUACUAGAUGCAUUAUUUUUGAAAUGUAACCUGACACUCUUGUUAUCCCCCAAAGUAACUAGCUACAAAUAGUGAUAUAACUUGUAACUCACCCCCAGGCUGUAGUUACAAGGUGCUUAAAAUGUGUAUCUAAAUGCACUGUAAGCCCCACUAUGGGACUUAUUUAUGAGUAAACAAGCAUAAGCUAAGGCUAUAGGGUACUAAUUAUAUUGAUCUUAUCUUUCCCAGUGUUUUCUGACACAUUGCAAGGCUGGGCACAGCAGCAUCACUCAAGCACCUGCUUUAUUAAAUGAACAGCUGCUGUCUCCAGUACCAACACACAUAAUAGAGACCAGAAGUUUUCACCCAACCAACUACCCUUCCUUGGUUGCACCUGGUUAGGUUGGAGUCCUAAGUCACCUGCUCCAUGACUUUCAUGUCACCUGUUGAAAAAUUCCUCAGAAAAAUGUUUUGGAAAUUAAAAGAGGCAUUUUAUGAACUUGACAGUCUCAGCAGUCGUACAGAACUUCCUAUAGAGAACAUAAAUAUCUUACAUCCUCACCAGGCUGAUCACCAGUAAAAAUUAGACUAGACGUACAAAAGGAAUAAUGGAAGAUGGUUGCAGUUAACUGAGGUGGUGCUGAGCAAGUGCCAGAUGCAUGUUGGCUAUGUGACUGGGCACAUACUUAAGACACUGAAAUCCAACUGGUUUUUUAAAAACCUUUGAUUAAGUGGGGAGGAAAUUGAGUAAUUGUAGUCCUAACAUCAAUAAUCAUGUGCUAGCAAGUCAAUUCUGACUUAUGGCAAUCCUUUUUAAGAAUUUUCCAUUCUCUUCUUCUAGGGACAUCCUGGGACUGU